CUUGGGAAGUGAUCACUUUUGAGAUGCUGACCAAGUUCGAGUCGAAGAGCAACCGCGUCAAGGGGCUGUGCUUCCACCCGACGCGCCCAUGGGUGCUGUCAUCGCUGCAUAAUGGUGUGAUCCAACUCUGGGACUUCCGCAUGGGAACCCUCAUUGACCGUUUCGACGAGCAUGACGGCCCCGUGCGAGGUGUCGACUUCCACAAGACUCAGCCGCUGUUCGUGUCUGGCGGGGACGACUACAAGAUCAAGGUGUGGGACUACAAGCUUCGUCGAUGCCUGUUCACGCUUCUGGGGCACUUGGACUACAUCCGCUCAGUCCAGUUCCACCACGAGUACCCGUGGAUCACGUCGUGUUCCGACGAUCAAACCAUUCGUAUUUGGAACUGGCAGUCGCGGUCGUGUGUAUCGGUGCUUACGGGACACCACCACUUCGUCAUGAGCUGUCAAUUCCAUCCCAAGGAAGACCUGAUCGUGUCGGCAUCCCUCGAUCAAACCGUCCGCGUGUGGGAUACCACAGGGUUGCGCAAGAAGACUGUGCGCGGCGCGCCAUCGUCGCUCGAAGAUUCGAUUCCCGUGGCGAGUCCCCAUGGCCUUGGUCGGUCCGGCUCGGACAUCUUUGGCGCCACGGAUGCCGUCGUGAAAUACGUGCUGGAAGGCCACGAUCGCGGCGUGAACUGGGCGUCGUUCCACCCCACGUUGCCGCUGAUUGUGUCCGGGUCCGACGACCGUCAGGUGAAGCUGUGGCGCAUGAACGACACCAAGGCGUGGGAAGUCGACACGAUGCGCGGCCACACGAACAACGUGAGCUGCGUCAUCUUCCAUCCGCGCCAGGAGCUGAUCCUUUCCAACUCGGAAGACCGCAGCAUCCGCGUAUGGGACAUCGCCAAGCGCAUGGGGUUGCAGACGUUUCGCCGCGAGAACGACCGGUUCUGGAUGCUCCAGGCCCACCCGACGCAGAACCUGCUGGCGGCCGGCCACGAUUCCGGCAUGAUCGUGUUCAAACUCGAGCGCGAACGCCCCGCGCUCGACUUGGUCGACAACGCCGUGUUGUACGUCAAGGACCGGUACGUCCGCAAGUACCACUUUGGCACCGGCAGCGACAACCCCGUGGCCACGAUCCGUCGCGCGGGGGGGGGCGGCGCGGUGGGUCAGCUGCCGCGCUACAUGCACUUCAACCCGUUCGACCCGCCGAACGCCACGUCCAACUCGCUCCUGCUCACGAGCGACGUCGAGGGCGGGUCUUACGACCUCGUGACGUUCACGCCGACCAACAACGACGUGUCCGACUCGACGCGGGGCACGGCGCUGUACGCAGUGUUUGUGGCCCGCCAGCGCUUUGCCGUGCUGGACAAGUCGCGCCACUUGGUGAUCAAGAACCUGCAGAACGAGAUCGUCAAGAAGAUCACGCCGCCCAGUGGCACCACGGACGCGCUCUUUCCCGGCGGCACACUCGGCCGCGUCCUCCUGCGCAUCGACGACAAGAUCGUGUUAUAUGACACGGACAGCCGCCGCGUGCUGGCGGACGUGGUCGCGCCCCGCGUCAAGUACGUCGUGUGGAGUGCGUCGGGCGAGUACGUGGCCUUGUUGUCCAAGCACUCUGUGUACAUUGCCGACAAGCAGCUCAAGCACCUGGGCACAGUCACCGAGGUGGUCAAGGUCAAGAGCGGGGUGUGGGGGCCCACCAACGUGUUUGUGUACACGACGCAGAACCACAUCAAGUACGCCCUCGCGAACGGCGACAGCGGCCUCAUCCGGACGCUGGACGUGCCAGUGUACCUGACGCACCUGGUCGAGUCCAAACUGUACGCGCUGGACCGCGACGCCAAGAUGCGCAUCCUGCAGAUCGACUUGACCGAAUGCGAGUUCAAGCUUGCGCUGGCUGCCAAGCAGUUUACGACCGUCAUGCGCAUGGUCAAGCACUCGCGACUGUGUGGACAGGCCAUCAUCACGUACCUGACGCAAAAAGGGUACCCCGAGGUGGCCCUCCACUUUGUCAACGACGACAAGACGCGCUUCAAGCUGGCCAUCUCGUGUGGCAACUUGGAGGUAGCGCUCAACUCGGCGUACGAACUGGACGACGCCAAGUGCUGGCACCAAUUAGGUGUCGAAGCGCUGCGCCAGGGCAACAUCCAAGUGGUCGAGAUGGCGUACCAGCGCACCAAGAACUUUGAGCGCCUGUCGUUUUUGUACCUGAUCACGGGCAACCGCGACAAGCUCAAGAAGAUGCUCAAGAUCGCCGACCUCCGCCAAGACAUCAUGUCCCGCUUCCACAACGCGUUGUACCUGGGCGACGUCCCGGAGCGCGUCGCGGCGCUCGAGGCGGCCGGCCAGCAUGCGCUAGCCCUCCUCACGGCGGCCACCCACGGCCUCGACGACCACGUUGGCCGCCUCCGCGCCCACUUUGAAGCGCACGACCCGUCGUUUGACGUGCCCGCGUUUCUGGCCCGUGAGCUGCUGCCGGACGCCGCACUCCUCCUGCCCGCGUCGUCCGUGAGCGACCUCACGCAAGACAACUGGCCGCUCGUCGAGCUGAGCGAACCCACCAUGACGGACCACGCCGCCGCCGCCGACGCCCAAGUCAGCCGCACGACGCUGUACGACGAACAACAGCAGCAACAACAUGGAGGCGGUCCAUCCACCCACGAGACGGCUGCUCCCACGACCCGGCGCCAGUCGGACGACUUUUUGUCGGACGCCGACGCCGGCGCGUGGGACGACGAAGACGACGGGCUCUUCAGCGACGGCGACGACCGACCGUCGUUGGACGGCGGGGACGUGUUUCACGACUCGUCGGCCUCGACGUCCGACUUUGUUGUGGCCCCCACCGCCGGCACCCCCGUCCCGUCGACCUGGACUCGGAACUCGUCCGUCGCUGCCAACCACGUGGCCGCCGGAUCGUUCGACACGGCCAUGCAGCUGCUCCACCGCCAGAUCGGCGUCGUCAACUUUGAACCGCUCAAGCCGCUCUUCCUGAGCAUCUACGCCGGCAGCUCCGCCAGCGUCCCCACGCAAGGCAACGUGUCGUCGCUCCGGACGUACGUGCAGCGGUCGCCGUCCGAGCCCGUGGUGGCCACGUCGGUCCACGCGCUCGUCAACAUUCUCAAGGAAACGUACCGCAGCUUCACGGGCGCCAAGUUCGACGACGUGGCGACGCUGAGCCAGUCCAUCUUGCACGCUAUCCCCCUCCUCUCGGUGGAUUCCAAGGAACAAGCGGGCCAGGUCAAGGAACUGGCCAUCAUUUGCCGCGAGUACUUGGUCGCAUGCCGCAUCCGCGCGCAUCUGAACGAGGUGUCGCUGGAAACCAACCCCAAGCGCAACAUUGAGCUGAGCGCGUACUGGACGCACUGCAAACUGCAGCCGUCGCACAUGGUACUAACUCUGAAGAGCGCCAUGACCAACGCGUUCAAAGCCAACAACUUUAUCACGGCGUCGUCGUUCUGCGCACGGCUGCUCGAGAUCCCCGAAGUCAAUACAGAGCGCAAUAUCAAAUUGCAGCAAACGGCCAAGAAGGUCGCGAUGAAGGCCAACAAGGAGGCCCGCAACGAGCACCAAAUCGACUACAGCGACUCCAAGGGCUUUACCAUCUGCGCGCGAUCGCUCACCCCCCUGUACACGGGCGCUGGCAACGACACACGGUGCCCGUACUGCGCCGCCACGUACCAAGCGCAGUUCCAAGGCAGUCUGUGCGACAUCUGCGGCAUCUCCAAGAUUGGCGAGGAAACCCUUGGGCUGGUCGUGUCGCCGUAGUAGGAGCUUAAUAUUGAGAACGAUGAUUUUCCACAUACAGUAUACACUACACCCGAAGUUUAUGUGUUUAAGUAUUGUGCCCAA